AAUCCGUCUUUUGUAUAGCACUCCCUAAUAACAAUUAUUCAGAAGUAAAAAAGAUUAACACCCGUUGAAGUUUUUUAUAAGAAUUUCCCUAUUUUAAACUGAAAAGGUAAAUCAAAGGCACCACAAUAAACCCCACAUAAGAAACAAUUAAAACCGAAGUGAAAACAGCACUACCUAGUGAAUAUUUUUAACCACAGAACCCGUCAAAAUGAAUCCAGUAGAAGAUCAACUGCUUCAAGUGACAAAAGCCAUCGAAAAACAAGUAGACUCGGCCCUGGAACAAAUAGAAAACCUGGACGUUAACGACCUGGAGGAUCUACGAAAAAAAAGGGUGAAAGAACUUCAGAAAUUGGAAGAAAAGAAACGGGAGUGGCUCAGUAACGGACACGGAGCCUACGAGGAGCUACCCGAAGAAAAAUGCUUCUUCGACCUGAUCAAGAAGUCCGAGAAUAUCGUUUUACACUUUUACACCAACUCUUCGGAGAGGUGUCAGAUCAUGGAUAAGCACCUGAAGUUACUGGCCCCGAAGCACAUCGAGACCCGUUUCGUGAAACUGAACGCGGAAAAGUGUCCCUUUUUAACAGAAAAACUGAAAAUAAAAGUGAUUCCUAGUGUGGUUCUAAUCCAAAACACCAUAAUGGUCGAUAAGAUUAUCGGGUUCACCCAGUUGGGGAACAGGGACGACUUUACCACCGAGGUGCUCGAGUGGCGACUCGCUCAGAACGGGAUUAUCAAUUAUGAGGGUGAUUUGAGCACCCCGCCUGACCAACAAGUUACCAAGAAGAGUAGAAGUUAUGGUAAGAAAAUAAGAGAUAGCGCUUAUAACCGAGAUGACGAAGAUCUAGAUAUAGAAGAGGACGGAUUGAGGAGUGACAAUUCCAAGUCCACAUUUGCGGCCCUCAAUAUGCCCACACAGAGUAAUGAGUUAACGGCAGAAGAGUUGGCCGAGUUAGAGGCACUCGAUUGAUCAAAAAUUCACCUUAAAUAAUGUCAAAUUUAUUUAUUAACACACAAUUAAUACAUAACAAUAUAUUAUAAUAUAAUAGAUAUUGUUCUUUUUUUUUAUACAUUUAUAUUUAAUAUACUUACUUACUGUUGAAUGUGA